AUGUCCAAAUUAUUUGUUGGUGGCCUGGCAUGGCACACCACUGAUCAAACUCUCCGUGAAGGUUUCGAGAAGUUUGGCCCGGUCGAAGAAGCAACUGUCGUCAAGGACCAUGACUCCUUCCGCAGCCGGGGAUUCGGAUUCGUCCGUUUCGCCAAUGCACAGGAUGCGCAGGCUGCGAUCGAUGCCAUGAAUGACCAGUUGUUCGACGGCCGCACCAUCCGUGUUGAUAAAGCCUCUGAACGGACCGGUGGUCGUAACGGUGGCUACAAUGGCCGAGGUGGAUACAAUCGCCCCGAAGGGGGAAGUGGCGGUGGUUACCGUGGAGGAGGAUAUGGUGGUAGCUACAACGAUGGUGGCUGGCGUAACAAUAGCCAGCAGCCUUCCGCUGACCAAGGUGCCUAA